GCACGCGCAGUGAGUUCCCCUUCCUUCACAUCUCGCGCCAAACUCAAGCUGUGGAAGUGUCAAACAUGUCUAAAAAGAAAGGACUUAGCUUGGAAGAAAAAAGAAGUCGUAUGAUGGAAAUAUUUUUUGAAACCAAAGAUGUGUUUCAGCUUAAAGAUAUAGAAAAAAUCGCCCCCAAAUCCAAAGGAAUCACUCCUAUGUCAGUGAAAGACGUGUUGCAGAGUCUGGUGGAUGAUAACAUGGUGGACACCGAGAGGGUGGGCACCUCCAACUAUUACUGGGCGUUCCCCAGUAAAGCCUUGCAUGCACGUAAACACAGAUUAGAGGAACUGGAGAGACAACAUGAAGAUGGAAAUCAGCGUAAAAAAGCCCUUCAGCAAGCAGUUGACAAAGCCAAAGUGGGACGUGAAGUUAAUGAUGAGAGAGAGGAUCUCCAGAAAGAACUCGUGGCAUUGAAAAAUCAGAGAGAUCAUCUGAAGGUUGAACUGGAAAAGUAUAAAGAAUGUGAUCCAGAGGUGGUGGAGGAGAUCCGUAAGGCCAACAUUACAGCAAAAGAGGCCGUGUCUAGGUGGACAGAUAAUGUUUUUGCAAUCAAAUCCUGGGCAAAGAAGAAGUUUGGCUUCGAGAACACCAGCUUGGACAAAGCUUUUGGAAUACCAGAGGACUUUGACUAUAUUAAUUGACCAAAAAUUCCCAGCCUCUUGGAUCUAGUGAUUGUUUGAUUUGUUCAACACUGCACAAUCAAGCUUUAUUCGCUUGCAUCAGUUUGUUUUACAUUUUGUUCUCAGUUCUGCAGGUUCGAGACAAAGCUGUGAGCUAUAUACAUUGCGAAGAGUGCGGUGUAAAUUCUCAGGAGUGCCCCACCCUUGAAAUUUGAACCUUGUCUAGUCUAAGGCAAACUUCAAGAUUGAUUUGUCAGCAUAAAUGGAUAAACGAUGGUAAAAAUUCUCCCGGUGUGUAAGCGGAGAAGGUGUUGUGUUAACCCUUGGCUGCUCAGAGAUGCACCCGAUAACCAUACUGACUGUUCGGACACAUGUUGAUAGAGAAACUGAGCUUCACUGGUGCUAGGAUAAUGAAUUGAGGUGCACAUCAAAGGUCAAUUCAAGGAAAUGAAUCACAGUUUAGAGUUAGUUUGAAGUAAGGUAAAAUUGUUUAUGAAAAAAAUUCUAAUAGCAAAAGCAUGCAUGUUUCUGUAUAAAGUAUUCUAGUUCAUUUCAAUUCAGAAGAUUUUUUUGUUUGCAUUUUGGUUUUAUCAGUGGCCACUUUUUCACAGGGCACAUUUUUGUAUGCUGUAAAUAUGAAAAAUGGUCAAUGGCUAAUAAAUGCACGUUUAAGCACA